CAACAAGGAAGUAGAAAUGUAACUUUUCAUUCAAAGUCUGACUUUUUUAAAUCCUGCAGCUCGUUCGUAAGAAGCUGAAACGCGGUUGUUUCGCGUUCUGCGGGAACUCGAGUCCUCCUGUGACGCGAGGAAACAGAAACGACUGAAGGGAACAACUCGUUUAUAUAUUUUAUAUGCUUCUAAAGUCCGUGGGACGUUAUUUCCACAGCACAAUGUUGACAUCCGUAAUGUUGACAUCCGUCCUGUGCACGUUCACGUUACUGUUCCACCUCGGGCACGCGUCUCUGCCGCUCGUCAUCAACACGUGGCCUUUCAAGAACGCGACGGCUGCAGCGUGGAGCGUCCUGCAGUCCGGUGGCUCGAUGCUGGACGCCGUGCAGGAGGGCUGUGCCCGCUGUGAAGUGGAGCAGUGCGAUGGGACUGUGGGCUACGGCGGGAGCCCCGAUGAGUCUGGAGAGACCACACUGGACGCCCUGAUCAUGAAUGGGGAUACGAUGGAGGUCGGUGCAGUCGCAGACCUGAGAAGAAUCAAGAACGCCAUCGGAGUAGCGAGGGCCGUGAUGGAGCGCACCGAUCACACACUGCUGGUGGGAGAGUCAGCCUCCGUGUUUGCUGAAAACAUGGGCUUCCUUGCCGAGGACCUGACUACCAACAAAUCUGUGAAUAUUUUCUCACAGUGGCUGGGGAGCAACUGCCAACCUAAUUAUCGGAAGAAUGUAUUUCCAGAUCCCUCCCAGUCCUGCGGACCCUACAAGCCCAGGGCGAUGCUGAAAGAGACGGAGAGGGCCCAGCAUGCUAAUGCGCACUCCCACGACACCAUAGGGAUGAUUGCUGUCGAUCAAGAUGGUCACGUGGCUGCAGGUACAUCAACCAAUGGAAUGAGUCACAAAGUUCCAGGUCGUGUUGGGGACUCUCCUAUAGUCGGAGCCGGGGCCUACGCAGACAGCUCAGCCGGCGGUGCUGCCGCGACCGGAGAUGGAGACAUCAUGAUGCGCUUUCUCCCAAGUUACUUGGCCGUGGAGCUGAUGAGGACCGGGGCAGAUCCCUCAGCAGCCUGCAAGAUGGCCAUCUCCAGAAUCAAGAGGCAUUACUCAGAGUUCUUUGGAGCCAUCAUCUGCGCUAACACAACAGGCCAUUAUGGUGCAGCCUGCAACAAAAGCCCUGGAUUCUCGCAGUUUCACUUCAUGGUGUCAAACUCCGAGUCAGACGCACCGCUUCUCAAAUCCGUGGACUGCUUCUGAACAGUUGUUAUUUUCAUGCCUCUCUUUUAUAUUUAAAUUAAUUGACAGACUUCACCCUGAAUUGUAAAACUGGUUUUAUUCAAAAAUGAAAUAAAUUAAAAAGGAAACAAAUGCACAUGU